AUGAACGUUGGGACGGAAGAGAACCAGAGGAAGCUGGUCAAGUCCGGCUUCCUGAUGGGGGCUGAGUGGCACCCAGCUCAGCUCUGGGACAUCUCCCUCACAGAUGGACAGUGCUUCAAGUGCUGGAAAUGGGGCCACACCCAGUCUGUCUGCAACGCCACCAAGGAGGCGUGCGGGCACUGUGCUAGAGACCACGCCACUAGGAGCUGCAAGAGCACCGAUGAGUCGAAAGCCAGCUCAGAAAGCGAACUCGAAGCCUUAAACAAGGAGAAGGCCAGGAUCCUAGGGGAGCGCUUCUUCCUAGCUAGUGGGGCGGCGGACCUGUCAGACAUCAACCCCAUCACAGAGUACCUACGCUUCCACCUGGCGCCAGAGAUAUCCCCAGACGAAUUAAAGGAGGUCAUCUCCUCACUACCUAAUAACAAGGCACCAGGACCUGACUAG